CUACAAUCCCCGUAUUAUUUUUUCAAUUUUUUCAGUACUAAAAUCCGUAUCCCGUCUCUGCUAUGCUGUCUUCUUUCUCCUCUCUAUCUUGCGGCUUAGCUUGAUAACUCCCUUCUUUGCUGAAGGUCAGAAGGCGACUUAUAGUGGUGUUGAGGAGUGAGAAAUGGCCGCUGCUGUGAAUGAGACAGCUGGAGUUGGAAGGUCUUUGCAAGGUGUAUCUACUGGGCAGCAGGUUUACCAGUCGGGUGAAGCACUGGCAGAAUGGAGGUCUUCAGAGCAGGUGGAGAACGGAAUUCCCUCAACAUCACCACCUUAUUGGGACAGUGACAAUGAUGAUGACAGCGGAUCCAAGCCUUCUGAACUAUUUGGAAAAUAUACAUGGAAGAUUGAUAAGUUUUCACAGAUUAACAAAAGAGAACUUCGGAGUAAUGCAUUUGAGGUUGGCAACUAUAAAUGGUAUAUUUUGAUUUACCCCCAAGGGUGUGACGUCUGCAAUCACCUCUCUCUGUUUCUUUGUGUGGCUAAUCAUGACAAGCUUCUUCCAGGCUGGAGUCAUUUUGCACAAUUCACAAUUGCUGUGGUGAAUAAAGAUCCUAAGAAGUCUAAAUAUUCUGACACAUUGCAUCGUUUCUGGAAGAAGGAACAUGAUUGGGGCUGGAAAAAAUUUAUGGAGCUGUCAAAAGUGCUGGAUGGGUUUAUUGAUGCUGAUACAUUGAUAAUCAAAGCUCAAGUCCAAGUUUUAAGGGAGAGAGCUGACCGUCCCUUUCGUUGUCUCGACCGUCUAUAUCGACGAGAACUUGUUAGGGUCUAUUUAACUAAUGUUGAACAAAUCUGCCGUCGUUAUGUAGAAGAACAGCGAAGUAAACUUGGAAAACUAAUAGAGGAUAAAAGUAGAUGGUCAGGUUUCUGUGCAUUCUGGCUCGGAAUGGAGCAAAGUUCCAAACGCCACAUGUCAAAGGAGAAAACAGAUGUAAUAUUAAAAGUUCUUGUAAAACACUUCUUUGUUGAAAAGGAAGUCACUUCUACUUUAGUCAUGGACUCCUUGUACAGCGGACUGAGGGCUCUAGAGGGUCAGUAUAAGGGAAAGAAAGGCAAGGGGAAAUGUAUGGAUGCAGAGGAACAACCAACAUCUAUAGUACGCAUGGAAGAAGACAUGUUUGUCUUGGUUGAUGAUGUGCUUCUAUUGCUUGAGAGGGCUUCUCUGGAGCCACUGCCUCCUAAGGAUGAGAAAGGUCCUCAAAAUCGUACAAAGGAUGGUACUUCUGGAGAGGACUUUAACAAAGAAUCCAUCGAGCGUGAUGAAAGACGCCUUACUGAUCUGGGUCGUAGGACCAUUGAAAUAUUUGUGCUGGCACAGGUUUUCAGUAAAAUUGAGAUUGCAUAUCAGGAGGCUGUUGCUUUGAAAAGGCAAGAAGAACUUAUUCGUGAGGAGGAGGCAGCAUGGAUGGCUGAAGUUGAGCUGAAAACAAAACGUGGCACAUCUGAGAAGGAGAAAAAAUCAAAGAAGAAGCAGGGCAAACAGAAACGCAACAAUCGCAAGGCGAAGGAUAAAAUGAGGGAUGGGAAGCCCAGUGUCUUGUGGGAAGACAAGACUGAAGAGGAGCCAUUGAAUGGAGAGGGAAAGGAAGAGCUAGAAAGUGUACCUGAAAAGCUGGAUAUAUUAGAAGAAGUUUCAGACAUCUCUGAUUCGGUAGACUGUGUUUCAGAAAUGCUUAAUUGUGAAUCAGAAGACAGAGAUGCAAAUCCUGUGAGUUGGGAUACUGACACAAUAGAGAUUCAUCGUCCUGUGGGAGCCAGCUGCAGUGAAUUUAAUGGUUUUCCGGUGCAAAAUGGUGCAGCUGGGAGGAGAAACCCUUCAGGAUUGGAUGAUAGUUCAUCAACAUGCUCAACAGACUCUACUCCCUCCGUUAUGAAUGGCCAUUAUGGGUCCAAUGCUUCAGACCAUAAAAACCAAACAUCACCUGGCAGAGGGAAGAACCAUCGAAGCAGAUCUAGUAAUACAGCUAGGGAAAAUGAAGCAAUCAGUCGUCAAAAGGAUACUAAUGUAGCAAUACUUUGUGAUACGUCUGGCAGUUGCAGGAUAACUGGAUUUGAGCAUCAGGCUACUGCUCUUUCUUCACGUGAGCAGCAUGUUAAAAAGGAACGCCAGGAAAUAGGUACUUCUCAGGAAAGAAGGCUCAACAGAGCUGAUGCAGAGGCAUCUUCAGUGCACAAAACAAGUGUGUCGUCCCCUCCCAAGGAAGGAGUGUCUGCACUUCAAUCAAAGUCAAAGGUCAUGGUUUCAGCAGUUUCCUCAACUGUCAAGAAACCGUCCCCAGAUGUCUCCAAGCAGCAGCCGGAUGAUAGAUCUGCCAAAUCGAUGCCAUACCCUGAAAGCAAUAAAUCUUUUGAUAUGCAAGUUAACAGAAAAAUAUCCACACAACAAGUUCCUAUUGCAACAGAUGGCUGCUCAAUAAGACAUCAAGUUCCUCCAACCACCAGCCAGUCAUGUUCACAAAUGUCUGCCUCCUCAAGAUCCUUGAGUGCUCCCAUAGUUGCUGGAGCCAGGCCAAGUACUCCUGUUAUCUCUCAUGUGCAAACAUCAAUAACAUCAUCACCCCAUCUGACACGUUCAGUGAGUGCUACUGGCGGCUUGGGUCCUGCUGACUCUUCAUCAGGAACACACAGUUACCUUCUUCCACAAUCCUAUCGAAACGUGAUGAUGGGUUCUCAUGUUACUUGUGGUAGCGUAGGUGGGUUUAGUCGACCUCAUUCUCCUACUUCAACAAAUGCCUCACACUCCUACUCUGAACCUCCUGCUGUGAAUUCUGGGACAGUGCUACCGCAGGGGCAAAUAAGGACAGAAGCAAUCUCAGGUAGGCCAAGCUUUUCAUAUGAAACAGUAGAUCACGAUCUCUCACAGGAUGGAUCCUGUUGGAUUGAGAGCUCUCAAAGGGAUAGCAGCCGAAGCGUGACUCCUGAUGGUCCUGGAAUUGAUAACAUUCAAAGUUUUGACAUGUACAUGAUGCCAUCAAAAAGCAGUGCCCACGAUCUUCCGAUGCAGUCCUUAACAUGCACUUCUGGACGUCAGUCCUACCAACAGGGCCUAUUGGCGGAUGAAUUCCCCCAUCUUGAUAUUAUUAACGAUCUCCUAGAUGAUGAUCUUGGAGUUGGGAUGGCUUCUGAACCAGACCCCACCUUUCAGAGCCGUUUUGGCAAUGCUUCUUCUCACCAUCACCACCAUCGCCAUCUACCUCGGCAUUUCAGCUUCCCAGGCGAUGUUAGUAUGCCUCCUGAUCUAAGUCCAACAAGCUCUUGUAGGUUUGACCGGACACUCACCUAUCAUGAUAACAACAAUGGGUUCCUGCAUAGAUAUCCGGGAGGCCUCCUUUUUGAUACUAGUAGUAGAGAUAUGAUCACACAGGCCGGUCCACAAUGUUUUGCCAAUGUGCAGACAGAAGGGAUGAUAACUAGCCAAUGGCAAAUGGUAUCUUCUGAUGAUGGUUCAUUCUCUGGAAUGAGGAGUGCUAAUAGUAGUGACCUUGGCCACUCCCCAUAUUCAAACAUGGCAGGUGGUAUCAAUGGUUACAACAUGUUUGGGCCUUCAAAUGGGCUCUGAAGCUCUUACAGGUUGGUAUGAACUACGAUGGUGUCUUACAUUUGGAGUGAAUUGGCACCCUAAGGUAAGAGGUGUUAUUCUGUAAAGUGUGAUUUUACCUUGACAAUUGUAUUAGGUUUAAAAACACAAUCACCAUAUAUUUGGGUCUUGAUGUUUGCGAAGGUGGUGCUCCACCCUUUGCUUCUUUUAUUUACCAAAUAAAGAGCACAUGUGUCUAACUAACGUAUACUUACUGAUAUGAUCUGCCCACUGGUAGAGGUGAGUGGCCAAUGGUGUCUGUCCUUUGUUGUUAUUGUUCUAUAUGUUGCUUGAGAAUGCCUUGAGCCAGCAUCUUUUCUAUGCUCAGCUCUUCAUGCUUAUAUACCGGAACCGGAAGGGAAUCAUGCAAGCAAAAUGAACAUGCUUUGUGCUGAACACGUUUGAUCCUUGAAGUGAAAGCCUGAUAUCAUCAUUGAAAGGGGCAGUUUUUCCAAGUGAAACUACAUUAGAGUAUGAAUCAGAUUAAAGUUUGACAUUGAAAUCAAGCAUGUUAGACCCCCUGGCUUUAGGAUAUUGAGCUUUUUGCUGCGAACAUAGUGUUCAAUCACCUUGAUGCCUAAGGGUCUGUUUGAAACUCUGAAUCCAAAUUUCCGGCGACAAGAAUUGAUACUUUGUCUCCCUCCUAUUUCGUCCAACAGUUUGUCUAGUUGGGCAAUGCAGGGGUGUUCAACAAGAAAGAAACAUCUGAAUUUAUUGUAUAACAUCUGAAGUUGUUGUAGAGCAUUAUUGUAUGGUUUGUAGCUUGAAGACAAGAGGGUAUUACGAAGUACUACAUAUUAUAUAGCUGUGGUUUCAAGUAUUCAGAUUGCAGUUGGCCG